AUGUCGCUCACCGCGGGUCUCGCGUUUCGUGCGCGAUUUCCCGCGAGAGAAAAACUCGUUGAUUUUCUACGUGGCAACUAUCAUCAAGAUUGCAGCUCCUCGCCGCACGAGUGCACGAAUGCGAAACCGGAGCCGCAUGAAGCCACCAAACAUGAUGAAAGCGUUGUUAGCGAGAAGGAAGACAUCAUAUUCGCUCUAGCACCCGGUGCUACACACAUCGCUGCGGCAUGCGGUUCGCGCUUUGUCAUUUCUGCAACUUUGAUGCAUACGGGAACUUCUAUCUCGGAUGUAUCAUUAUGCACUGCGGAUGUACGCAAGGCAGGUGCCAGCGAACGUAUCUCUGCAGUUUGCUGGGUUGGGUACCGCACCCGUCCUUGUAGAAGUCUCGAAAAUUCCUCUGAACAUGGAUCCCCGGGCAGUGACCGUGAUGACUUGUUCGUAGUCGUUGGCACAAGCAUGGGCAAUGUUAGCUUCUACACACCUGAAGCUCGUUUGCUGUUCUCCAAAAGUUUUGCACACGUUUCUCCAGAAGUUGGCAGCUCCACUGUGUGCCACGCAACACCGGUCCGUGCACUUCACCAUCGAAUCUCGCGCAUUUCGCAUUCACGCGCAGACGCCACCGAAGACCUAAUAAUCGUAUUUGAUGAUAUGGUUCUGCGUAUGGAUGCCGUGGAACUCCGAUCUGUGACUCGACGAGCCUUUUUCACAGGGCUGAGUCUGUCGCGCGUGGAAGAGAAACCCUUGAAACAUCAGGCUAUCAAGAAAGCAGAAUGUGUAGAUGCGCCUGACGGUUAUUCCCUGACACUCGCAAACGAUAUAGCAGCGAAGACACCUAAUAAUGAGACUUUAAUUUUCAACUCUUCAUUUUUGGCAUUGACACGCUGGGGUCUAUCCAAAGUAGCUCCUCUUGCAGAUGCUUUUUGCAUUGGCAAGCUUCAAGUAGAAUUUGCACAGUCGGCAUUAUCAUUGGACGCUGGGGCUAGACAAAAAAGAAGUACGUUGUAUAGAGCAACCGGUAUAAUUGCUGCUGGUCGGGGUAUUCAUGACGGCCAGAACAAAGUUAUCGCUUUCAUGGCUACUCGCGUGGCCCAGGAGAAUACAUUGGAGGCAGUUACAACAUUUGCUUCAAAGGCAGCAUCAUCGGCAGUGUCCGCAGUGACUAACAUGGUGGACGGUGCUCUCCAUUUUGCCGGUGCUAUGUCGAACAACAUCUCCAUCUCCUAUUUACUCCCCAAGGGAGUAGCAAUCAAUUCAGUUCCCAAAUUGACAUUCGAGGGCGUUUCUGCAAAUGCGCAUUCCUCAAGUGGGCAUACCUGUGAAGACGAACAAGAAAAGUUAUACAGCUUGGCGGGGUAUUCACUCGAUUCGUAUUGCGCACUCAUCGAUUCAACUAGACGGGUGCAAAGGAUCAUCCCAGCACCGCGUGGCUCAAUUUUUGCUACUAUUGACACUCUCGGUCGUGUCGCAGUUUGGGAUGCCGCCGUGCCCACGAUGAUUACAACAACACUGAGUUUAAAAGGGCGCAGGCACGCUGAAAUAGCUUGGCUGGAGGUACCGCCACCGCCUAAGUGUACUGCGCAAAUGGCACUUGGCAGGCUGUACAUUGUCGUUCGUAGUCCACAUCGGAACAAAGGAACCGUGGAACUUUGGGAAGUAGGAGGAGAACACGCCGGGAUGGUGUCCGCCGUAUACAAGAAUGGGUGCAGCCGGAAUGGCCCCGUCGAUCUGAGGGCUUCGACUCUUCUGCAAGCUACAUGCCCAUUUGAAGCGUGCAUAACACCACGUGACUCAUCCAAUCCGGCUAUGUAUUUUGAGGGAAAUUCGCGUUGUUACAUUUUUGCGAGGAAUGGGGAUUUGUACGAGAUAUUUGUAUAAGAAGGUUUUGAAUCGGCCGUCGUCUCGAUCAAAUUAUACACAUGAGGUGACCGUCGGAAUGACUCGACCCGAUUGACCGCGAAGAAUUUUUUUCAACAAGUCAUUGUUGUACAUUCUACACAAUUGUAAAUUAGAGUCUUCUCGCAUGGCACAAAUUGUUUUGUAACCAACUUUAUGAUUUCUUGCG